CCACCGCUGGUCAACGGCAGCCUGGCGCUGGCCUUCCAGGGCACGGCGCCCCCGCCCAACUGGCGCCGGCCGGUCUACGAGCUCAGCCCCGACCCCAACAACACCGGUUUCAUCAACCAGGACUUCGUGGUGUGGAUGCGCACGGCGGCGCUGCCCACGUUCCGCAAGCUGUAUGCGCGCAUCCGCCAGGGCAACUAUUCGGCCGGGCUGCCGCGGGGCGCCUACCGCGUCAACAUCACCUACAACUACCCGGUGCGCGCGUUCGGCGGCCACAAGCUCCUCAUCUUCAGCAGCAUCUCGUGGAUGGGUGGCAAGAACCCCUUCCUCGGCAUCGCCUACCUGGUCGUCGGCUCCCUCUGCAUCCUCACUGGCUUUGUCAUGCUGAUCGUCUACAUUCGCUACCAGGACCAGGACGACGACGACGAGGAGUGAUUCCAGCUUUCCAGGGAUCCUUCCUGCUUCUUGCCAAAACUCUUUCGAGCUUCUUCUGGCAUCUCCUCCUCGCCCCUGGCCCAAUUCCAACCUCUCCUCGCUUUUCCUCCCUUUGUGAAUGAGGGGAUCAGAGAAGGGAAUUACCCCCUUGCUCUUGGGGGGCUCGCUAGACUGUCUUGCCGCGGGGAGGGAUGUUGACUGCAGAGUGAAACAUCAUUGCAAACUCUUCCCACCUCCUUCACGACACCGAGUUGCCAUGUGAGGUUCUUCAAGUUUGAGAAUGGAAGGGAUCCCUAUGGAGACUCCUGUUCAACCCCUAUCAGAGGAAGAGAUUGAGAGACCUAGCAAUAUGAAGUAACUAAGAUCAGGCAGCUGCAAGUGACUCCUGACUCUUGAGUCUAGAGCUUUUGCCACUACAAUACUGUGGUUUUCUUUUCUUUGGUGAGGGGAGUGGGUUGGAAUGGAGAGUGAGGCCCACAAAUUACCUGCAGAGAUGUGGAAGCGUGAGGGAGAACAUGCUUGUUAAAUAUGCAGGUAGAUUAGGAGACACCAACCAGAGAUUCAGUCACAGUAAGGCUGGGAUGAGACCCUCGAAGCUGUGUUUUAACAAACUCCUCUGGAGAGUCCCAUACUCCCUCAAAUUUGGGAAUCACGACCCUGAACCAGGUUGGGCCUGAAGCAGUCAACUGAGUUCACUUUUUUGGAUAGUAAUUUGUUCCCAGGGGCAGUGACAACCAUGAUGUUCCAGGUUUGGUCUGGCACUCUGCCUUGAACGUAGGAAGCUCUUGAUGACUUGUGGAAUGAAUUUUUAAAAAAUCACUAUCUCGGGAAAACUAGUUGGCAUACAGAGUUGUAGGACAGGGUUUAUGUUAUUCAUUUAAUAUUUUAGUAUUUUGGUAUAAAAGCAAACAGGCAAACUUUGCCAGGUACUGUGUAGAAACUCGAAAAUGUGAGGCCAGUUUGUACAGUUCAGAGGAAAUGCUUUAACGUAGAAUCAGACAGCUGGAAGAGAUCUUCGAGGGAAAGUAAGUUCCCUAAAGUCACAUCUAUGUCUCCUAGCUCAAUCUUCUUUAUCAUUUAGUGUGCGUGUGUGUGUGUGUGUGUGUGUGUGUGUGUUUAGAAAGGGCUUCAUACCUUUUCCCUUGUAUCUGGAAAAAAAUUUAUCUUUUCAAAUGAAAUCUGUUGAUUCCUAGUAAUCAUAUUUGAAUCAGUGCUAAGGCAUAUAUAGUCUUUUAUGUAAACUAGAAUCUUAAGAUUAUUUGAACCUUUGAGAUGACGUUAAAACUCAACUAAAAUCAUUCAAUUGAUUUUGAUUGACUAACAUCAAUCAAUAUGUUUAAAGUUAUUCUAAGAAGCAAUCGUUUUAUUUUUAAAAAACCUUGUAUGGCAAAAUAACUUUUAAAAAAACCCCUUUGUGAUAUCAUCUUACCAGUUUAUUUGUAAACGCAAACAGUUAUUUGGUAUUUGUCAGAAUUCUUCAGUGCCUGCUAUUAAGCUGUUUUCCAAUUAUUAAUUUGAUUAUACUCAUUCACUUAAAGCAGUGCAAGAUCUUGAAGUAUUUUUUUUAGCAGUUAAGUAAUAUUGAAUUGUAUUGAAUAGUUUACAUAGUUUAUUCUAGUCUUUGAAAAUUACUGAACAAUGAACAAUGUGCAUGUCAUUGACAUCUGCCUUAGAACUUCUGGGACAAUCCUGAAUCAAGAUAUUCUAUCCCAUUAUUUGCAUAUACCAAAAACACUUUGUUAAUUCAAUGUGUUGGCCUCCCAACUCCUGAACAUGACACAAUUUUAUUAUUAGAUUUUGUAUGGUGAUUUUAGGCUAUGAAAAUAUGAUCAUUAUAUGUACAUAGAGAAAUUUUUAUUUGUUACAAAUGUUUGAGCAGCUCACUAGCCCAGCCCUCCUCUAUUUUGGGUAGGAGAAUUUACUACAUUUUUUACUAUGUAGCUGAGAGCAACAUGUAUUUUGUUAUUUUUAGAAUGAUCAGUAUAUUGCUAUAAAAUGUUAAAUGAGGCUAUGAAAGUUAAAGUAUUCUGAUUCUGAUUAAAUUAAUGAAUGUGGUUCCAGGCCCUGUUCUCCGGGUUUUUGAGAGAGAAUAAAGGUUAUGUUUGUCUUACCUUUGUUAUCGACUUUGCUUGAUUCUUUUGAACUAUGAUCUUAAAGGCACAAACAGCACUAGCCACUUUGCUAAUUUCUUAAUAGCAGAUUUACACUGCAGCAAGAAAACCAUCUUUUAUAAUAACAUUCAGUUAAAAUGAACUCAAUUCAUUGUUGACUUCCUAAAACAGAAUUUGAACUUUAUCAACCUCAAC